AACUUGCAGAAAAAUUAAUGAUAUAUGUUCUUGAAGAAGACAAAAAAACAGAAUAUAUUUUAUUUUGUAUGUUAGUUCCUAAAGCAGCUUUGGUUGUGACAGCUGAUAGUAUUCUUCUUAAUAUUUGUAAAAUGCUACACAAUGGUUCAAGAACAGUUGCAAAAAUUUUUUAUUAUAAGUAA